AUGUGGGAGUGGGUCAGAAGAGCUGUGCUGCACUCACUGUCCACAGCCCUCCUGCGCCUCUGGAAGUGGGCACGAGCUUUUUGGUACAAAAAUGGCCUCUUGACUCUCUCGAUGCUGUCGGUGGUCACUGGAUGCCUCCUGGGGUUCCUGCUGCGGGCGCUGGAGCUGACAGACCUGGAGAAGCAAUAUUUUUCCUUUCCUGGAGAGCUCCUCAUGAGGAUGCUGAAGAUGCUGAUCCUGCCCUUGAUCACCUCCAGCCUCAUGUCUGGGCUGGCCACCAUGGACUCCAAGGCCUGCGGGAAGAUGGGGGUGAUCACCAUCACCUACUACCUUUGGACAACCUUCAUGGCAGUGACUGUGGGGAUCAUCCUAGUGGUCAGCAUCCAUCCUGGUGCAGCUGCCCAGAAGGACAACUACUCUGUGCGGAAAGUGGUGCUCAGCUCUGCUGACGCAUUACUGGAUUUAAUCAGAAACAUGUUUCCUUCUAACCUGGUGGAAGCUUCGUUCCAGCAGUACCGAACCGUUCUUGUCCCGGUGGUGAAGUCUCCUGCUUUUCCAAAGAUCCCAGGAAAACCUGUCAAUUUUAUUUACUUUGCACCUGAUGACAAAAACCCUGAAAUCCAUCGGCCUGUGUUCCUUGAGCUGACACCAUCACCCGAGAUGACCUACAGGACCCUGGCUGGGACCAGCAAUGAGAUGAAUGUCCUGGGCAUUGUCAUCUUCUCAGCAACCAUAGGACUUCUCCUGGGGAAAAUGGGCGAGCGAGGAGCCCCGCUGGUUAACGUGUGCCAGUGCCUGAACGAAGCAGUUAUGAAAAUUGUCUCGAUGGCCGUUUGGUACUUCCCCUUUGGCAUCGUAUUUCUCAUAGCUGGAAAGAUCUUGGAGAUGGAAGAUCCAUCGGUUAUUGGACAGAAGCUGGGACUGUAUGUCAUUACAGUAGUAUCAGGGCUUGCCUUCCAUGGAAUCAUCCUCCUACCUCUGCUUUUUGUGCUCAUCACCAAGAAAAACCCCUUUGCUUUUAUUCAGGGGAUACUGCAAGCCUUGCUGAUCGCCUUAGCUACAUCCUCCAGCUCAGCCACCCUGCCCAUCACGCUCAAGUGUCUCCUGGAGAACAACGGCAUCGACAGGCGCGUGGCGCGCUUCGUGCUGCCCGUCGGGGCCACCAUCAACAUGGACGGCACCGCGCUCUACGAGGCCGUCGCUGCCAUCUUCAUCGCCCAGGUCAACGAGUAUGAGCUGGAUUUGGGACAAAUUAUAACUAUAAGCAUCACAGCCUCGGCAGCGAGCAUCGGGGCCGCUGGCAUCCCCCAGUCCGGGCUCGUCACCAUGGUCAUCGUGCUCACCUCCGUGGGGCUGCCCACCGAGGACAUCACCCUCAUCAUCGCCGUUGACUGGGCUCUGGACCGACUUCGAACGAUGACCAACGUGCUCGGUGACGCGCUGGCUGCUGGCAUCAUCGCGCACGUCUGCCACAAGGACUUUGCCCCAAAGCCCCCCCCGCAAAACCCAGUGAGCAACACAGACAAGUUUCCUUCUGCAGAGGCCUCACACCUGCAUCCCAAUGACAAUGGGAUUGAAAUUACUCAAGAAACCCUGUUGGAUCAGACAGGAGUUCAUUACAACAUCUGCCAGGUGUAGAUAACAGCAUUCCUGCUCCCAGAAAUGGCAUCUUGGUGCUAAACACUGACGAUUUGAGUGUCACAUAUGGAUGCUCUGCAAGAUAAAGGCCUUACUUGGCACAAAAAAUGGGAAAAUUCUCUUAUCCUUUGAAGACUGUGGGAUUCCCAGCAUGGCUCUGCCACUGGGGGAGGGAGCCAGCUCCUCCCUGUGCCUGAGGACACAGCUGGGAGCUCACUGCCCUGUCUUAAAUGGCUGGGUUUGAAGGAUUUAUAACUCCCAUUUUUCCAAGCUCACAUACUUUUGAAAGCUAGAGAGGUGAGCAGGUGUUAGCAGACUGGAUUUGGUGGGAAUGCAGUAGGAAUGGGAUAUAACACUAAACCCUCUGGCCAGCAGCUCUUCUCUGGAGGCCAGGCUGUGCUCCAGCAGCUUUUGCUUUCCUUAUUAUGGAGAUUUUUUUUUUUUAAUCAAUGCUUUUUAUUUUACCACUGCAUUUUCAUCUAAAAGCUAAGAUCAAGUGAAUUUUUGUCUAGAGCUCAAAAUCCAAGUUAGACAUAACUGGAUUUCCCAGCUGUCAGGUUACACAGGAUGGCUGAGCUGUUGCACUCUCUCAGGGACAGUGGGAUCCACAAGAAGGAAGGAAGGAGGGACGGAGGGAAGGAAGGAAGGAAGGAAGGAAGGAAGGAAGGAAGGAAGGAAGGAAGGAAGGAAGGAAGGAAGGAAGGAAGGAA